GGAGAUGUGAGCGGAUCAUUCAGUUCAGCUGUUGACAAAAGAUCAUGAUGCUCGCACUUUAAAAACUGGAUCCUAUACUUUUAUUUGCUCUUCUCCUUUUUUAUCAACCUUGGAUGGAUCUUUUGGAGAUUAAACAAGUUCCUGAGGCUCUGACUGAACGGUUCUUUGAACGGAGAAAUACUUCAACUUCAUCACUGAAAAGCAUAGAAAGCCCUUGUUACCUGUGAGGAACUCUUGGCGCCACUGAAAGGUGGAGCCAACCACUGGUGCUACAAACUCAGGGAGGAUGAAGAACAGCUUCUAGAAGAUUUUUUUUUUCUUUUAUCAGAACAAAGUGUGCAAGGAAAACACAGUUUUAACAUAAAUUGUGAAGAAAAUCCAGAGACAACCUAGAUAAAAAUGCCUUUUGGUGGCUUAACGGGUUUGAAGGAGCAGGUUUUUAAACCUGGGACGGACGAAGUGAAGAGCUCAGUAGGCAACUCUCUAGGAAAACUGCAAAGGAAAAUGGAUGGUAGCAAUGUAGAGGAAGAGGACCACAUUGAGCUGACGGAGGACGGGCGUCCAGUGGCAUCAGCACCGCGUCCUGCACCGCUGCUGGACUGCAGCUGUGGUGGUCUCCCUAAACGCUACAUCAUCGCCAUCCUCAGUGGACUGGGAUUCUGCAUCUCCUUUGGCAUUCGUUGUAACCUCGGUGUGGCCAUUGUGGAGAUGGUGAACAAUAACACUGUCUAUAUCAAUGGGACUCCAGUGCUUCAGAAAGCUGAAUUUAACUGGGAUCCAGAAACAGUGGGGCUCAUCCACGGCUCGUUCUUCUGGGGCUACAUUGUCACACAAAUCCCCGGUGGUUUCAUCUCCAACAAGCUCUCUGCCAACAGGGUGUUUGGGGCGGCCAUUUUCCUGACAUCAGUGCUGAAUAUGUUCAUCCCAUCAGCAGCAAGAGUCCACUAUGGCUGUGUCAUGUUUGUUCGCAUCCUGCAGGGCCUGGUGGAGGGUGUCACCUACCCAGCCUGCCAUGGGAUGUGGUCCAAAUGGGCGCCACCUCUUGAACGGAGUCGACUGGCCACCACCUCAUUCUGUGGAUCGUAUGCAGGAGCAGUGAUUGCCAUGCCUUUAGCUGGAGUGCUGGUUCAGUACGUCGGCUGGCCUUCUGUCUUUUAUAUCUAUGGUGUGUUUGGGAUCCUAUGGUAUGUUCUGUGGCUCCUGUUGGCGUAUGGAAGUCCCGCUGCUCAUCCGACAAUCACAGACGAGGAGAGGUUGUACAUUGAGACCGCUAUUGGUGAAACGAUGAACCAACUGAGUGCAACCGAGAAGUUCAAGACCCCGUGGCGUCGUUUCUUCACCUCCAUGCCCGUCUAUGCCAUCAUUGUGGCUAACUUCUGCCGCAGCUGGACCUUCUACCUGCUCCUCAUCAGUCAGCCGGCAUAUUUUGAGGAAGUUUUCGGUUUCCCCAUCAGCAGGGUGGGGCUCCUGUCUGCUGUCCCUCACAUGGUGAUGACGAUCGUGGUCCCUAUUGGGGGUCAGCUGGCUGACUAUUUACGCAGCAACAAAAUCAUGUCUACCACUAACGUGAGGAAACUCAUGAACUGUGGAGGAUUUGGUAUGGAGGCUACUCUGCUGCUGGUGGUUGGCUUUUCUCACACUCGAGGAGUCGCCAUCUCCUUCCUUGUUCUGGCCGUGGGCUUCAGUGGAUUUGCCAUCUCAGGUUUUAAUGUGAAUCAUCUGGAUAUUGCUCCUCGCUAUGCCAGCAUCCUGAUGGGUAUCUCUAACGGGGUGGGAACACUGUCUGGAAUGGUGUGUCCCUUGAUUGUUGGAGCUUUGACUAUACACAAGACACGUCUGGAGUGGCAGAACGUCUUUGUUAUUGCGUCCAUGGUGCAUUACACUGGGGUCAUCUUCUAUGCAAUCUUUGCGUCAGGAGAGCAGCAGGAGUGGGCCAACCCCGAGAGCACAAGUGAGGAGAAAUGUGGCAUCAUCGACGAGGACGAGCUGGCCGAGGAGUCAGAGCUCACCAGCGAAAACAUGGUGGCUCCCAAAAAGAGUUACGGGACGACGGAAAAUUCAUCUGGCCGAAAACAUGGCUGGAAAAAGAAGAGAGGUGUGACCAUGCAAGAUGAGGAGGAACACUGUGGGAAUGGGGACUACCAGGAGCAGUACCAGUGAGACUGGAUCCUCCCAAACGAUCACAUUUAGUGAAAAGGAAUUUCACACCUGUGGAAAUGUCAGAAGAACCGAAGGACUGCCUUUUUUUGCUCAAUACAGCAGUGUAACUAUAAUGCACUGCAAUCAAAAGACUGCAGAACAAAAUAUAAUAUAGGAACAGAUAUUGUAAAGGUUCAGUGUGUAAUAA